AUGGAUUAUGAAGAACUUACUGCUGAGGAGAAGGAGAGGUUACGAUUUAUCGGACAACAGAAAGCUCAAUUGAUCAAAAAUAUUGAGUCACUUAAACUUGAGCUGAAUGACAUAACAAAUCAAAUCGAAAGUUUCGGUUUCACGAUUGAUGGAGAAGACCCAUCUUUAUGGCGGCUUGCACUUGGAUGUAAAAAAUUUAAUAGCAAUCCGAAGCAGGGUCUCGAAUACCUUUUUGAUCAAAAUAUAAUAGAACGAUCUCCUGAAGAUGUGGCUAAGUUCUUCAUAGAUCAAAAUGAUAGUAUAUCUAAAUAUGCUGUUGGGACUUAUAUCGGAGAAGUUCGAAAAGAAUUUAACAUGCAAGUCUUGGAUGCAUUUACAAAGUUGCACAACUUUAAAGAUCAAGAGUUUCUACCAGCUCUAAGACAAUUCUUGCUUAGUUUUCAAUUACCAGGUGAAAGUCAAAAAAUUGAUCGUAUUUUGACAAGUUUUUCGGAACGUUAUGUAGAACAGAAUCCUACAGUUUUCAAUUCACCACACGAGGCGUAUGUAUUGUCCUAUGCUGUUAUCCUACUGAACACAACACUGCAUAAUACUAAUGCAAAAAGUCAUAGUCUUGGUUUAGCCGAAGAAAAGACAUUUGUACGCACAAUGAUGGAAUUUGAUGAAGAGACCAAUUUAUCUGAAGAUCUUGUUCGUAAAAUUUAUCAUGCUAUUAAAACAGAACCACUUCGUGCUGUUUCUGAUGAUCUAUCUGUAUAUGGUACCAAUCAGAAUAAUGCCAUUCAUAAAGGCUGGUUAUGGAAACUCGGCGGUAGAGUUAGAAGUUGGAAAAGACGAUGGUUUGUGCUGACAGAAGAUAAUCUACUCUAUUAUUUGACACCAGAACGUUCUCGUCAAACAAAAGGUGUCAUCCAGUUGGAGGGGAUUAAUAUCCGACUGAUAAAUGAUAAAACGAAAGAAUACUGUUUUGAAUUAUUUUGUCCACGGAACCAAUUGAUUAAAUCGUGUAAAGUUGAAAGAGAAUUAGCCUCAGCUCCAGGUCAUCAUACAGUAUAUCGAAUGGCUGCGCCUACACAAGCUGAACGUGAUGAAUGGAUUCGUAUGCUUGAACGUGUUACUCAUCGGUUAGCUGAACGACGUGGCACCCGAAGUAUCAGUGUCGAUUGUACUUCUAGCAGCAGUAGUACCACUGCUGCUGCUGUUGGUGGUGGUGGUUGUGGGCCUGGAUCAUCAUCAAUGACUAUAGGACGAAAACCAGGUGGUGGUGUUGGCGGUGGUAGUCAUUUACCGCCUCCUGUCUCUUCGGUAUCACUUCGACGUAAUGGUGCUGGCAGUCAGCCAGAUUUACCUAGUCAACAGUCUGUGUUAAAUUAG